UUUGACCAACCAAAGUCCAAGUGAUCGGUGCCAACUCAAGGUAAGACUUCUCUUGGUCGCUAAGAGAGCUCAGCCAGCCUCCCCCCUGACAUCGGAAAGAAAUGGCCUCCACCGUCCAGCCUCGGGAAUGUACUGUAAACAAAGCAGAAGGAAAGGGCUAUGGAUUCUUCCUACGCGUUGAACAAGAUGACCAGGGCCACCUUGUCCGGUCGAUAGAAAAGGGGAGUGCUGCAGACAAAGCUGGGCUAAAAGACGGAGACCGAGUAAUGAAGGUCAACGGAGUAUUCGUAGAUGACAAAGAUCACCCUGAGGUUGUAGAACUUAUUAAGGCCAGUGGAAAUUCAGUCAGCUUGUCAGUUCUAGAUAAAGCUUCCUACAAGAAGUCGAAGGAAAAUACUGUGGACCCUUUUGAUGGUAAACCACCUUCAUACGAAUCUGUUUCUUCAAAACCCAGUGAAUCCUCUACGCCAAAACCCAGCGAAUCCUCUACGCCAAAACCCAGUGAAUCAUCUACACUAAAGCCAAGACUAUGCUAUCUGGUGAAAGACAAAGGAUCCUUUGGAUUUUCCCUAAAGUGCAUAAAAGGCACCACUGGUGUAUUCCUGGAUAACCUGGCACCUAGUGGACCUGCUGUAAAGGCCGGAGUCCAAACAGGCGACCGAAUAAUUGAAGUAAAUGGCAAGAACGUGAUUAGUGACACCUACGAUCAGGUUGUCAAAUUGGUGAAGGAAUCGGGAGAUUCGGUAAUGUACCUGGUAGUAGAUGAAGCUACGUACAAUCACUUUCAGCAGAACAAAAACCGUGUUACAGCAGAUCAGGCCACGACGAGCCUAUUGCCCCAUCUCCCCCGGAUCGUGGAGCUGACUAAGGCAACAGAUGGAUAUGGGUUCUAUCUCAGGCAAGAGAAACAUCGCAAAGGUCACUACAUUGUGGAAAUUGACCCACAAGGUCCAGCUGAUAAAGCCAAGCUGAAAGAGUUUGACCGCGUUGUGGCUGUUAAUGGACAAAGCGUGGAGCAGAUGCAGCAUGAGCAGGUGGUGGAGACCAUCCGGAAGGGAGGAGAUAAGACCACGUUGCUGAUAUCUGACAAGACGGUCGAUGAUCUGUACGCUAAGGCUGGACUCUCUCCAUUUGUGUAUCUAAAAGAAAUAAAGACCCCUUCACCAGCAAAGACAGAAACUUCAAAACCAGUGGAAAAGCCAAAACCAGUGGAAACUCCAUUGACCAAACCAGCUCCUGCUCCACAGCCUGCCGCCUCCACCCCCACCCCGGACCCCAAACAAAAGCCCAGGCUCUGCAGUGUGCAGAAAGGAGACAAGGGAUUUGGAUUCAACUUGAAUGCGAUUAAGGAUGUACCCGGCCAGUAUAUCAAGCAGGUGUUGCCGGGUGGCCCAGGAGACAAGGCGGGAAUUAAAGAAGAUGACGUGUUGGUGGAAGUGAAUGGCGUCAACGUAGAGAAGGAAAGCUAUGAUGAUGUCAUAAUGAGAAUCAAAAAUGCAGGACGGUCCGUUACACUUCUGGUGGUUUCCAAAGAAGGCAGCGAAUACUACAAAUCCCAGAAGAUCCAGAUCACAGCAUCCUUGGCAGACCCUCUGCCCGAAAAUAAAAACACACCUGACGACAAAAAAAAACCCACACCUGACAACAACACUAAACCUACACCUGACAACAACACUAAACCUACACCUGACGACAAAACGAAACCUACACCUGACGACAAAACGAAACCCACACCUGACGACAAAACGAAACCCACACCUGACGACAAAACGAAACCCACACCUGACGACAAAACUAAACCCACACCUGAAGACAAAACUAAACCCACACCUGACGACAAAACUAAAAACACACCUGACGACGAAAAAAAACCCACACCUGACGACAAAACUAAAAACACACCUGACGACGAAAAAAAACCCACACCUGACGACAAAACUAAAAACACACCUGAUGAAGGCCAAAAGACACCUCCAAGCAAAGCAAGAUCAGCUCCUGAACCUAUUGAACUGGAUAAUCAGACAAAGGAAGAGGUGAAAGAACAACCAAAGGACGAUGAUGACACGGCACUGUAAGCUGAGGGGACCACCAUCACUCUUUGGCCAAGUUUUCCGGCACGUGGAUUAAAUUAUAAAGACUGGAACGUGGGAUGAGACACUUCAGCCGAUCCCAUUCUGUGGAAAUUGUGAUACUCUGAUAAUUGAACUGGAUACUUCCAUGAAACGAAUCACCGGUGCGAUUAGGCUCUGAUGGAGGCAGCCGCUAACUAACGUGUGGUGCCACCUUCUAGUUCUAGGGUGGGCAGGAUUCAGGAAGGGGCAACAUCUCUGCCACAAAGCUGGCAUGAAGUACCUUGGGAGUUGGAAAAGGAAUGCUUCCAUCACAGCCUAAUCUCACAGGUACUGCACUUUGUGACCCGUUUCCUUUCAUCUUGGAGUUCGCAGGUUACUGAUUAUCUACUAACUGUGACAUGAGAUGGUUGUGUGAUAAUUAACCCCGCACUCUUCAUUCCUAGGUAGACCUGCAAUAAAAUAUUUAACUUUA